AUGGAUGCGAACGAUGUAGGCUACGGGACAGCCCAACUGCCCCUUGCUGGGGCCAUCCUCUGCUGCACCUCCAUCGCCCCCGAGCAGCGCGCCAAACUCGCAGCCAUUGGCGCGCAGAUGGGCGCGACCAUCAAGCUCGACCUCACGUCCGACGUAACCCACCUCAUAGUUGGCAGCACCGACAGUGCUAAAUACCGCUAUGUCGCCAAGUCGCGCGACGAUGUCAAGGUCCUGUCCCCAGAAUGGCUCGAGGCGCUGAGGGAGGUGUGGAUGGCUGGCGACGACAUUUUGGACAUGGCCGCGCUGGAAAAGGAGUAUCGCAUGCCGACUCUCGCGGGACUGAAAAUAUGCCUCACUGGCUUCGACAACCCUGAGCAACGGAAGCGCAUCCACGAGACUGUCGAUGCCAACGGAGCCGAGUACCAUGGUGACCUCACCAAGUCCGUCACCCACCUCAUCGCCGCCGCACCAUCGGGGAAGAAGUACGAACACGCCCUGAAUUGGAGGAUGAAGAUUGUGGCGUUAGAAUGGCUCGACCAAAGUCUAGAGAGGGGCAUGGUGUUGGACGAGGCCCUCUACAACCCCACCAUGCCCGUCCAGGAGCGCGGGAAUGGUGCUUGGGAUCGCAAACUGCCUGCCUCGCCCGCCCUGGGCAAGCGCACACGAGACGCAGAAACAGGCCAAGCUCUGAAUCCCUUUCGCAGGAAGCUGCGUCGCUCGGCAAGCACCAAGGUAGGAAGCCAGAGUGAUGCCUUUUGGGCGGGCAUCACGGCGCCCAGUUUCGAACGACAGCUAGACGAGGAUGAGUGGACAGAGGACGUUGCUACUAAGCCAGAUAGUACGCGUACAAGCACUCGUACACACACGCCAGCGGCCUCCAUUCAUGACAACGAUACGCUGACCGAAGCGCAACUUGAUGACCAUGCAGACAGUCAUGAACAACAUUUGCCACCACAACCCAACGACGCGUCCCAACAUGAUGGCAUUUUUGAGGGUCGCGUCGUAUGCACACAUGGCUUCGAUGUAGAAAAGACAAACAUUUUGCGGCAGCAUCUCGAGAGCAACGGCGCGCACGUAAUGCGCGUGGCUGAUCUCAACAAUGCCUCAUCCGAAGAUCUACGGCGAGGCUACUUUGUAAUACCCCAUGACGUUGAGGUCGAUUUGACGGCACUUCCGGAGCGUGCCGGUUCACACCUCAAUCUGGUCACUAAUUGGUGGGUCGAGCGCUGUCUCUAUGGAAAACGUCUAGUAGACCCCGCGGGUGAUGUAUUGAGUCGACCAUUCCAAAAGCUUAGUAUUAGUGGGUUCUCUGGCCUGACCAUCAACUCCACGGGCUUUUCCGGCAUCGAGCUGCUGCAUGUGACAAAAAUUGUCACGCUUAUGGGCGCCUCGUACGAUGAACAGCUAUCUGCAAAGACCUCGGUUGUGAUCUGCAACCCUCCUACCGCAAACACUCCGAAACUCAAAUUCGCUACGGACAAGCGGAUACCCGCAGUACAUGCGAGAUGGCUAUGGGAUUGUCUGAGCAGUAGUCGGUUGCAGUCGUAUGCCGAAUAUCAGUUGAACACGCCAGCACCACCCCAGCCACAGAAGGCGAAGCAGAGAUCUGAGCCCCAGGAUAGUGCGCCUACUGCGCCGAGUCCUGAAGAGGAAAGCUUGGAGCUGCGUCAGAAGAAGCAACAGCCCACCAAGAUCGUGACGAAGCCCCAGCGCCAACAGCGGCUGCAACGGCCUGGUGCUCUUGCUCUCGCUCAAUCAGCAAACAACGCACCUGUAUCAGCAACAGAAUCGGUGGCUAACGCUAAUGACGAUGCUGACAAUGUAACCCAUGAUGAUGAGUCUGCCACACAUGGAUUGGACGGUGCAGCAUCAUACGCUCUCCAGGAAACCAGCGCCAACUCCACACGUCGUCCAUCAACGUCUUCGAACGCUUCAAAACCAUUUUCACGACCCCGGAGCUCAUCCGCCGAGUCACUCAUAGCUCCCGCACCCCGCAAGUCAAAGCUUGGUCAGAGCAACACUGCCCCAGAUUGCGUAGUUCCUGAUCCGGAUCCCGACUCAGUGAUUCCGGCAGGUACCGAACCGCCGGCUCCACAGGAGGCACCAAAAACAAAAGAGUCAAUAAAGGAACCCAAACCAGAAGAAAAGGAUUACUCUAGCAUAUUAGCUCAGCUCCGCGCGAACCGCAAAACUGCGCCAACGUCAGUUGAUCUAGCACCCGGCAAGACCCGUCAAAGACGGCAAUUAGGUCGUGCCACGUCUACGCGAUCCAAUGCGUCGGCUGGUGACAGCUCCGGGAAUCCACCGAUUGAGGAGGAGAACGAGAGCACGGUGCUUGUAGAGGAGUACCAGCCUAGUCAGGAACUAGGUUGGGACUCUCCAGGUGCGGCCAAGGCCAGAGAACAGAUGAUCAGAAAGCUAGGUGGUACUGUACAAGAUAAGAGUGUAGCAGUUGAAGGCAUUGGGGUCGUGAAGGAUGUAGGAGGUGCGACAGGAAGGGCAGUCAGGAAGAGAAGGUGA